AUGGGUGAAGUGGACAUUCCUCAGACGGUGGCCCGUUGCAAACGUUUGGUGCGUCCGUUGGCAGAGGUCUAUGGCAUAGACAAAAUAAAGGAGGGGUAUUCUAGUUGUCCUGAUGAGGCGACGAUAAACAUUUCCUUUGACCGACUACAGACCAUAAUGCACAACGUGGACGAGAUUGCGAACCAACCACUGCACGGCUCAGAGGGGGCUGCCGGUGGCAGUAGCAGCGCCCCUCGUGCAAACACGGCCGGUUCUCGCACACGCUACUCACCCUUUGUUCGGAGCGCGGUCUCGAGGAGGUUCGAUGACGGCAGCGGCGACCGUCCGGGUCUCAGCGGCGAGCGGCUGAGUGGGGAGCGGUUGGCUGGGGAGCGGCUGAGCGGGGAGCGCUCGAGUGCCGACCGGACUUUGGCUGAACGGACUUUGGAUGGCCGAACUUUGGAUGCUCGGCGGUCUAACGAGCCGCUGGAGAACCGGCGGUCUAAUGAACCGCUAGUUCGCGAUGUUUCGGCGACCGACGCGGACGAGAACCUGCCGGAUGCCUCGGACGCCGACCGGUUCAGAGAGGCUCGCCGAGAAAGCGUGCUGCGUCGACCCGCCGACAAGGUCGAGCGUCUGUCCUUCCGGGGCGACCAAACCAACUCCGUCAAGCGACAGACUACUACCGCCGAAGUUUUGGCCAAGAGGAAGCUGGACCUCCUUGUCGACGAGUCGCGGUUGCCAGCGUACGCCACGCGAGGCAACCAACGGUACUUGUCUGCAAUUGACCGGCCCUCUUUAGGUACUGUGGGCAACGUAAAUCUGCAGCGGCUUUCGCGAAAGUAA